AUGUCGGGAUCGGCCUACGGGUUGUUUUACGAAAAAUAUGUUUACAUCGAACACGUGUGACUGGAAAAGAUACCUUUACAAAGUAAAAACACUCGGCUGACUCCGCAGCAACUUUACAGCAGAUGAAAAUGAAAAAGAUGAAAAGAACAGCAGAACUUGAUUCAAUUUCUGAUCAAAACUCGCACAUCAGUAACUCUAAUGAUGUUGAUAUGAAAUCAUUGAAGCCCAAAAAGAGGAAGAAGAGCAAAGACACAAAAUCACAAGUUCCGACAGGAGAUUCUGUAGAAAGUGGGAGUGAACAGUUAGUUUCAAGUGGUGAUACAGCCCAGAAAUCAAAGAGUAGAAAAAUAAAAGAUAAGGCAUCUGUUGUAAAUCAAAACAUGAAUUGUGAAAGUGAAAAUCAGACGUUAUCUGGUGAAACAAAAGGAAAACCGUCCAAAAAGAAAAGGAAAGGAGAAGUCAGAAAGGAUGGGCCAGACACAGAGACUGUAGAAGGUUUGGAAAGUAUAUCAUCUGACGUGUCACAAAAACUAGACCGAGAUGUUUCCAGUACAGAGACCAGGAGUAAAGAGAAGAAACGAAGAUCGGUGGUUACUGAUGAGAGACAGAGUGGAGAUGAAGCAACAGAAAUGGAGUCCAGAGAAAUUGUUAUGGAGGAAAAGAUGGACAUUACUGAAACAAAUAAUCUGAAGACAAAGAAAAGCAAAAAGAAAAGAAAAUCAAUGGAUGCUGCAGAGGAUGAAGCACAGGAUGUUACUGGGGGAGCUAAGGAACCCAGCUCAUGUGAGGAAAAAAGAAAGAAAAAGAAAAAACACAGACUUCAACAUGUGGAGGAAGGGACAGAUGGUGAAAAUAAUGAAACUCUGUCAAGUGAAAAAGCGGAGAGCAAUGAGAUGGAGGAGGAGAAGAAGAGUCACAAAAAGAAGAAGGAAAAGAAGAAGAAAAGUAACAGUGUUCAGGAUACCCCAGAACCGGAGCUCGUUAAGGCGGACAAGCAGGCAUCAGAAUACCUACAUCAGUGGGCAUCCAACAAGGAAAGCUGGAAAUUCCAAAAGGUCAGACAAGUCUGGCUGCUGAAGAAUAUGUACAGUGAAGAUAAGGUAAGACUUGCUACUAGGAUUUACAGUGAAGAUAAGGUAAGACUUGCUAGGAUUAUUUACAGUGAAGAUAAGGUAAGACUUGCUAGGAUUAUUUACAGUGAAGAUAAGGUAAGACUUGCUAGGAUUAUUUACAGUGAAGAUAAGGUAAGAUUUGCUAGGAUUAUUUACAGUGAAGAUAAGGUAAGACUUGCUAGGUUUAUUUACAAUUUUUGAUGGAUCUAAAGGAAAAGAAGCAAUUCAGCAAUUUUGUACUCUGCCAUCCUUGUUACAAAACAGUGUUUCACAUUAUCAACCCGACAACCAUCAUUCUGAAAUCUUGUCUCUACGUACAUGCUAAUCAGAAAGUAAACAAA